AUGAGUUCCUCUAGAUCUGGCUUCAUUGGCUCCGACCACAACCUCAAUUCCGAGGGAAGAGAUCCUGGUCUUACUGCUCAGAAGCAGAUUAAGUCUCGGAUUACACCCAAGAUAGUGAAGCGCGUUCAUGUUUUGAGACAGAUGGAGGGGCAGCAUAAGAAGCUGGAACAACAAUUUUUUGAGGACAGAGCUGCACUGGUAGAUAAAUACCAUCAGCUUUACAAACCUCUCUACGAAAAGAGAUAUGAGAUUGUUAAUGGUAUCACUGAAGUGGAAGGAGUGAAAACUCCAGACCAAGGACAAGAAGCCACUGAAGAGAAAGGAGUGCCUAACUUUUGGCUGUCCGCACUGAAGAACAAUAAGGAACUUCUGAUAAUGGAGCAUGACGAACACGCUCUCCAGUAUCUCAAAGAUAUCAAGUGGUCCAGGAUACAUGAUCCUAAAGGAUUUAGGCUGGAAUUCUUAUUUGAUCCUAAUCCUUACUUUCGAAACUCCGUCCUGACAAAAACAUAUUACAUGAUUGAAGAACAUGAGCCCAUAUGGAGCAAAGAAAUCGGGACGGAGAUUGAUUGGUAUCCCGGGCAAAGCUUGACAAUCAGUCCAAGAAAGGACCCAAAGAAUGCCAAGUCCAUGACUGCAGCUGAUAUUUGUUACAGCUUCUUUACGUUCUUCAAACCUCCCCAACAUGAUGAUUAUACCGGCGGGGCAGAUAUGCUUAACAAUUCGAGACAAGAUCAUCCCUUACGCGGUGUCAUGGUUCACUGGGGAAUUAAGCUGUUAAAGGAUUCGAGUUUGAGGAUGACGAUGACAGUGACUAUUAUUUUUACUCUGAUAGGUGAUGAUGAGGACGAGGAGGGUGCUGCUGCUGAUGACAAAAACAAAGAGGAGGAAGAUGGCAAAAGAAAGGAAUUAAGUGGCUGGACUAAUGCUGAGAGAGCAAUGGCUGGGCUAACGCUGCAAUAG